AUGACUAGCGAUAAAUCCCAGAACGGAGAGAUAAAUAAUUAUUUCCAAAAGGAGAACGCUAUGCAACCACUCUCUACGGUCCCUACAUCGGUGACUCUGUCCGCGGAGCAGUUUGAGAGACUGUAUCUGACUCCUAUGACGCGUCGUCAAUCAGCACUAGCCAAGCAAGUCGGCAACCCGACACCUUUAGCCCUCGGCGGUUUCGUCAUCACUACUACGCCUCUUUCAUGCUGCUUGAUGGCCUGGAGAGGAGCAAGCGGAAAUGGAGUCGCUUUCAUUGGUCCGAUCGUUUUCCUUGGUGGCCUGUUAUUGCUCAUCGGCAGUAUUCUGGAGUUUAUCCUGGGAAAUACAUUCCCUUGUGUCGUCUUUGGUACAAUUGGGGGUUUCUGGUUCGCCUUUGCUGCCACAAUGAUUCCAUCUUUCAAUGCUGCUGCGCCUUACUCCGCGUCUACUACUGAUACAGCUGCCGGUCUUGCUAGUGCUGGAUUCAUGAACACCUAUGCAUUUCUAUUCAUAACAAUGGCUGUUUUGAUGUUGAUUUUCUUGAUAUGCGCAACUCGCACGAAUGUCGUCUAUACUCUUAUCUUCCUUUCGCUCCUGUUAGUUUUCCUUCUUCUGUCGGGGGCCUACUGGGACCUAGGUGAAGGAAACGCCGUCGUCGGAGAACGAUGUGUAAAGGGAGCCGGAGCUGCACUUUUCGUGGCUAGUUUGCUAGGUUUCUAUCUACUCGUUGCUCAACUCUUUGAGUCUAUGGAGUUUCCGUUUCAUCUGCCAGUUGGAGACCUAACAGUGCUGUGGAAACGCAAGCAAUAUAAGUAG